UCGUCGCAUCCCUUCUUCUUGCAGGUACGCGUGACGGUGCUGGACAAGAACGACGUUGCACCGACAUGGGGCCCGGGCCCGUGGAAAUUCAAGAUCUCCGAGGAGGCGCCGCCCAACACCGUCAUCACCGUGCUCAAGGCCUACGAUCCAGAUACCAUCGGUACUCUGACUUACACCCUGGUGCCGAAUCAUCAUCAUCCCGGCGAGACCGCGGACAACGACGGGACGCAGGGCCAAUUUAAACUGAAUCCAACCACUGGCCAGCUGAGCCUCGCCGAGGCCCUCGACAGAGAGACGAAGGAAAGAUACGUGCUCAAGGUGCGCGCCGACGACGGACUGCAACACCGGGACAUCGUGCUGCACAUACAGGUCACCGACACCAACGACAACGCGCCGACCUUCCAGAGCACGGCCUACUCGUUCGACGUUCCGGAGAACGUACCGAGGGGCAGCCGCGUCGGUCAGGUCGUCGCGACGGACGCCGACGCCGAGGGUUCCAACAGCCACGUGAGCUACGUGCUCAUCUCCGACUGGGCGAACGACGUGUUCUCGUUGAAUCCAAGCACCGGCGUGUUCACGCUCACCGCGGGACUCGACUACGAGCAAGUGCAGCACUACAUCCUCGUCGUGGAAGCGACGGAUGGCGGUAUGCCGGUGCUGUCUUCCACCGUGACGGUUUACUGCAACGUCGUCGACUUGAAUGACAACGCGCCGAUCUUCGAAACCGGGCCGCACGCGGCCGACAUCGUGGAAAACGCUACUGUCGGCACACCCGUGCUCACCGUGACCGCCCAGGAUCUGGAUUCCGGCGACAACGGUAGGAUCGUCUACGCCAUCGCCGGCGGCGACGAGGACGGUGACUUCGGCGUGGCCCAGAACGGCACCCUCUUCACGCGCCGGGCCCUCGAUCGCGAACGGAAGCCGAUCUACAAUCUGAUACUGAGUGCCACUGAUAGCCCACUACCGCCGGCGCGGCCGUUGUCCUCCACAGUGCAGGUAACGGUGGUGCUGCUGGACGUGAAUGAUAUGUCACCGGAAUUCAUCUCGCCCACGAAGACAUGGGUAAUCGAGAACGCGCCGAGCAACACGUUAGUGAUGGCGAUAAAGGCUAUUGAUCGGGACGAGGGUCGGAACGGUUACGUCGAGUACUCGCUGAGGGACGAUGAUAACCUGCCGUUCACCCUUGGCCCGGUGGACGGACUGUUGCGCGUUUCCGGGCCGUUGGACCGCGAACUAAAGUCCAACUAUACCCUGGAAGUCACCGCCAAAGAUCGUGGUGAACCGUCAAAAUCGUCGUCGGCUGUCAUCUCCGUCACGGUGCUCGAUGAAAACGACAAUUCUCCGGUGUUCGAGCCCAGACAGUACUUCGCUACUAUUGCCGAGAACGCCAGCAUCGGCGCCAGUGUACAUCAGGUGUCAGCGAUGGAUCGCGACGAAGGUGCGAACGGCAAAGUGCGGUACAGCAUCGUGACGGGAGAUGACAAUCGGGACUUUACGAUCUCGGAGGACGGCGGCGUGAUCCGAGUGGCGAAAAACCUAAAUUUUGAGCGUAAAUCCCGGUACCAUCUGACAAUUCGCAGCGAGGAUUGCGCGGCGGAAGUCGGAAAGAUGCCACGCAGUGACACGGCCCAGGUCACCAUCACUGUGGUCGACAUCAACGACAACGCACCGGUCUUCCUCGAUUCGCCCUAUCUGGCACCCGUUGUGGAGAACAUGGUGCCACCGGAUGGCGGUUUUGUGAUACAGGUUAAGGCGUACGACGCGGACAAUCCACCGUACAACGAUCAAGUCAGAUACUUCAUUAAGGAAGGUGACACUGACCUAUUUCGCAUAAACGCAAGCACUGGUGACAUAUCACUCCUUCGACCGUUGGAUAGGGAACGCGUGCCCGAAUAUACGCUUACUCUAGCGGCUAUGGAUACCGGCUCGCCGCCUCUCACCGGAUCGGGCAUCGUCAGGAUCGUCGUUCUCGACGUGAACGAUCACAGCCCGGAGUUCGCCCGGCAGGGUUACAAGGCCACCGUGGUGGAGAACGCGCCCGCCGGAACUUGGGUCACCAAGCCGCACGCCACGGACAAAGAUGAAGGGAACAAUGCGAAGAUAAGAUACGCCCUACUUGGGAACACAGAGGAUCCGUUUACUGUAGACUCCGAAACGGGCGAUGUGUACACCACAAUGCCGUUGGACCGCGAGGAAGCUGUCGCCUAUUACUUGACUCUGGUAGCCAGGGACUCGAGCCCGACGGAGCCGCGCGCCUCCGCCGUCAAUCUGACGAUCUACGUGACGGACGUGAACGACAACGCACCCCGCUUUUCUAAUCCUCGAUACACGGCCUACGUUCCAAGCGGGACUCGACCAGGCGACUUUGUCUUCGGCGCGAAAGCGAGCGACAACGACGACGACGAAAACUCGCGGAUCGUUUACGAGCUGCAUGGCAAGGAUGCCAAACAGUUCACCAUCGAUCACGACAACGGCGUGAUUCGCGCUACUCGGGAGUUGAUCGGCGACCAGACCACCUAUCAGCUGCAGAUACAGGCGUCGGACUGCGGCGAGGAGCCCCAGCACGUCACCGCCGACCUGGUGAUACACUUGUGGGAGCGGCAGCUGUUCCCCAGCUUCCAGUCGAGCGUUAGCACGCGAUUCGUACUGUCUGAGGACGUAUCCGAAGGCAAGGUGAUCACCAAACUGAGUGCUACCACGCCGAAGAGCGGACCGGCGAGCAAAUUGAUCUAUGGUAUAGCCGGCGGAAACGUGGGGGAUGCUUUGAGAAUCGAAGCUUAUACUGGUGAGGUCGUGGUAGCCGCUGGCUUUGACUACGAGACGGCACCGCACUAUGAAGCCUGGAUCGAGGUUCGCGAUUCGGAUACUCCCGCGCUGCGCAGCGUUCUCCAACUCCUGGUGAACGUCACGGACGCCAACGAUAACGCGCCAGUCAUGGAGGCGGCCAUUUACAACGCGACCGUGAUGGAGGAGGAGUACCCGCCGUUGUUUGUCGGCAAGGUGUCCGCGACGGAUCGCGACUCUGACGAGAACGGCCAGGUCACUUAUCAUCUGCUCAAUGACUUCUCCGAAUCUUUCGUCAUUGACAACAGCACCGGUCAGAUCGAGACCAAUGUCAAAUUGGAUCGCGAAGAGAUUGCGUCCUACGAGCUGAUCGUGGAAGCGAGAGAUCAAGGUCAUCCUCGAUUGACCGGCACCGCUACGGUACUGGUUACCGUUUUGGACAAGAACGACAACCCGCCGCACUUCACGCGACUGUUCAGCGUCAACGUGACGGAGAACGCGGAGAUUGGCACGUUUGUAAUACGCAUCACCAGCAGCGACUUGGACAUCGGUUCGAAUGCGAACGUCAGUUACAGCUUUACUGACAACCCGGGAAAGAAAUUUUCCAUCGAUGCCCUCAGCGGAAACGUAACCGUGGCUGGACAGCUCGACAGAGAGGAGCAGGACGAGUAUCUACUGAAGGUCAUAGCAGAGGACCGCGCAUGGCGAGCGGAGACUCCUCUGACGAUCACCAUUCAGGACCAGAACGACAACGCGCCCGAGUUUGACCAGAGCACCUAUCACUUUCAUUUCCUCGAGCUUCAGCCGCAAGUGACGCACGUCGGCACAGUCACGGCCACCGAUCGCGACAAACAGGGACCGAACUCCGUCAUAUCCUACAGUCUUCUGCAACCGUCCGAUCUCUUCACGGUCGACCCGGCGACCGGCGACGUCUUCAGCAAGCGUACCUUACGCUACAAGCAUACACAUCGGCCGUCCUCGGAGAAUCCGGAGAAUCUGUACUCGCUGACGGUGGUCGCGACUGACAACGGCAAGCCGCCAAUGUCCUCGAGGAAGGUGGUGCACGUGAGCGUGGUAGACGCUAAUAACAACGCGCCCCGCUUUGAGCAGAGGUCCUAUCUGUCGCCGGUGCCGAAGAACGCGGGAGGCAGGCGGAUUAUUCAGCUGAUCGCCCGUGAUGACGCCGACUUCGGCGUGAACGCGGAGGUCAGUUAUUCGUUGGAGAACGUGAACGGCACCGGCACCAAUGUGUUCUCCAUCGAGAAGGAAACCGGCUGGAUCUUUAUGCGCUCGGGCGUCGGCGGCAUCCCCGUCGACACGGUGUUUCUGCUGAGAGCGCGAGCCACCGACAAAGGCGUGCCACCGCAGAUGGACGAGACCAUCGUGACUCUCGUGAUCUCCGGUGAGAACCGGCACGCGCCUACCUUCGCCGUCGACAGUUACCAGGUCAGGGUGCCGGAAAACGAGCCUGUCAACACCACGAUUCUGACGAUGAGCGCUGUGGAUGACGACAAAGGGCCCAACGGCAUGAUUCGCUACAGAAUCUCGGCUGGCAACGAGGGGAACGAGUUCUUCAUCAACUCCACCACCGGCGCGAUCACCAUAUUGAAGCUUCUCGAUUACGAUCUGGUGCAGGAGUAUCGGUUAAACAUCACCGCGACGGAUUUGGGAUUCGAGCCGAAGCAAGCGGUAGCCACUUUAACUGUCAAUGUGUCCGACGUCAACGAUAACCCUCCGACAUUCAACCAGAGCGUCUACGACGCAUAUCUGCCGGAAAAUUCGCCGUCUGAUACUUUCGUUUACAAGGUGGUUGCACAAGACGUUGACUCGCCCAAGUAUGCUGUAGUGCAGUACGAAAUUCUGGGCGGCACCGGAAAGAAUCACUUUCGUAUUCGUGGGGAUACCGGUGAGAUCAUAUCGGACGCCAGUUUUGAUUACGAAGAGAAGACUAACGAGUACACCCUCGACAUCGUCGCGUCUAAUCCGGAUUCGAGCCCGCAGAUGGUCGGUUUUACGACCGUGUUAGUGCACAUCACCGGCGUGAACGAGUACUAUCCCCAUUUCAUUCAGCCCGUAUUUCACAUGGACGUGUCAGAAAGUGCCGAGGUGGGCACGUCGGUCGGCGCGGUCCAAGCGACCGAUCAGGACUCAGGCGAGGACGGUCGCGUGUACUACCUGUUCGUAGGCUCGUCCAACGACCGCGGCUUCUCGAUCAGCUCGGACACCGGCGUCAUUCGGGUGUCGCGUCAGCUCGACCGUGAGACACAGAAUCGCGUGGUGCUGACGGUGAUGGCGAAGAACGGCGGCGGCAUACGCGGCAAUGACACCGACGAGGCGCAAGUAAUCGUCUCCAUUCAGGACGGCAAUGAUCCGCCCGAGUUCCUGCAGAGCGCCUACAACGCUAGCGUGUCGGAGGGCGCCGUCCACGGCACCCGCGUGCUCACGGUCCGCGCGAUCGACAAGGACAUCAAGCCGCAGAACAACCAAUUCUCGUAUUCCAUCAUCAGCGGCAAUCUCGGCCAGGCCUUUAAGAUCGAUCCGCAGACCGGCGACGUCGAAACGGCGAAGCUGCUGGAUCGCGAGACUUUGCCUAUGUACGAUCUGACGAUCGGCGCGAUUGAUACCGGCUCGCCGCCACAAACUGGCACGGCUAUGGUGCACAUCGAGCUGCUGGACGUAAAUGAUAACGGCCCGGUCUUCGAUCCGCCGGAAAUAAUCGGGUACGUCAGCGAGAACGAACCGGCGGGUACCAGCAUCAUGACCCUGAGCGCGACCGACCCCGAUCUGCCGCCCAAUGGUGCGCCAUUCACCUACAGAUUGAUCGGAGGAAAACAGAGUGACUUGGUGACUUUGGAUAAGCAUUCGGGAGUACUAAGGACUGCCAGAAGUCUCGAUAGAGAAACGAUGUCACAACUAGAUCUCAUGGUUGAAGUGGAGGACUCGGGUAUACCACGAAUGAAGAGCGAGCAUACCAUCGUCGUGAUCGUCACUGAUCAGAACGACAGCCCGUCCACGCCGAGGUCGGUGCACGUAAUUGUGCAUUCGUUCAACGGCAAGACACCAUUGGGAAAGAUCGCCGACGUGCAUCCGAAUGAUCCGGAUGUCACCGGGACUUUCUCGUGCAAGAUUCUUCAAGGUUCAAGUUUGGGCGCGCUCACCAUCCCCACUGCUUGCGAUCUUCACACCAACAAGAUUACAUCAGGCGUCGGCUAUUCUUUGGUUAUCUCCGGUAAUGACGGGCGACAUCCAGAUGUAAUAUCCAAGGUUACUGUCGAGUUCCAGAUCUUCUCGAACGCCACUAUCGAGAACAGCGUCACUUUGCAAAUUUUCAAAUUGACCGCUAACAAUUUCCUCAAUCAAUACUACCGGGCUCUCCUGGAUCUCCUGCAGGAGAAAAUCAAUGUCGGCGAUGCACUCAUCAUUUUCAGCAUCGGUGAAAACGGACCGGACUUGAACAUUCACAUGGUAUUGGGAUCUCCGCAAGGAUAUCGAACAAGGUACGAAGUGACUGAUCUGCUGAUGCGCAAUCGAGAUCAAAUUCAAACGCUACUCGAAGGUAAUCCGUUUAUCAUCGGCUAUUCUCCGUGCAAACACAUAUCAUGCGAAAACGGAGGCAGCUGCAGCGACCGACUGGCCAUAUACGACGACGCCAGGAUCACUGACAGCCAGGCACUGAUCCUGACGUCGCCCAAGAUGCUGCACGAGAUGGCUUGCAAGUGUCGGGACGGCUUCACCGGGGACAGAUGCGAAAAGAGGCAAGAUCCGUGUUCUCCGAAUCCCUGCUUACUGGGAGGACAAUGUCGACGUUUGGGUUACGAUUUUCAAUGCACUUGCCCCGUCGAUCGCGACGGCAAGAUGUGCGAGCUCGAGAGAGGUGACGUGUGCGCCAGCAAUCCGUGUCGAAACGGCGGAUCAUGCAGAAAAAGCCCAGACAGCUUCAGCUUCUUCUGCCUCUGCCGGGCUGGCUACAGAGGAAAUCAUUGUGAGGCGGUCACCGAUUCCUGUCGACCGAAUCCUUGCCUACACGGUGGCUUAUGCGUGGGAGAAAAGCCUGGAUAUCGGUGUAGCUGUCCCGAGGGUCGUUACGGCCGGCACUGUGAACGCUCGACCUUCGGUUUCGACGAGUUGUCGUACAUGACGUUCCCGGCGAUGGAUUCCAACACGAACGACAUCACCAUCGUGUUCGCCACUACGAAGUUGGACGCGUUGCUGCUGUACAAUUACGCGUCGCAGACGGGCGGUCGCUCGGACUUUGUCGUGCUGGAGCUGAUUGGCGGUCGAGUAGUCUUCUCGUACGGCGGUGCCAGAAGCGCGAUCACUACCGUCACCAUCAAAACGGAGCGGCCGGUGUCGGACGGUGAAUGGCACAAAGUCACCGCCACCAGGAACGGCAGAGUUAUCUCGCUCAGCGUAUCUACCUGCAGAGAACACGGCGACGUCUGCGACGAUUGCAGACCCGGCGAUAGUACCUGCUACGCAGACGACGUAGGCCCGACUGGGACAUUAAAUUUCAAUAAUAAUCCUCUUCUACUGGGCGGCUUGGAGAAUGGCGAUCCUGUGCUGGAACGUCCGGGUCAAGUGCAUUCGGACGAUUUCGUAGGCUGCAUACAUUCGGUGUCGAUAAACGGCCGGGCCUUGAAUCUAACGAAUCCACUCGCGUCUCGUGGCGUGAAGUCUACGUGCGUCAGAUCGCAGCGAAAUCCUUGCCUGAAAGAUGAAAAAGAUACUACUGCAUCCGUUUGCGGCAUGAACGCCCGAUGUUAUGACAAGUGGCACCAGGUGAUGUGUCAAUGCGGAUCCUUAAUAGCGCCCAAUUGCCACGGCGCUCUGAAACCUGUCACGCUGAGUGAGGGAGGAUUUAUCGAGUUUAAGAUUUCAGAGAAACACAGAAGGAUGCAAUUGUUGGAGUAUUUUUACGGUGGUUCAACAAUAUGGCGCACGAAUCGCAUUAAGCGCGGUCUUAUCGAAGACAUGAGCUUCAUAACGAAUCCUUCUCCCUUGAAGACAAUCGGCUUGAUGUUCAGAACCGUGAAGCCCGAUGGCAUUUUGAUAUACGCCGCAACAAAUAAACAUUUUACAUCCAUAGAGCUUCACAACGGUCAGCUGAUUUACAUGUCCCUGCUCGGAUCACCAGUAAACAUGUCGAUCAACAUUGAAGGUGGUCUCGCCGAUGGACGUUGGCAUAAUCUGACACUCCAUGCCUACGCCAGAGGAUUAAGACUGUUGGUCGAUGGUACCUUAACAGGCGAUGAGUUGGACUUGGCGGGGGUUCACGAUUUUCUUGAUCCGUACUUGUCUAUCUUGUCGAUUGGCGGUGUCAGUCAGGACCUGUAUUACACUCACAGCGCUAGAUCUAGAAGUUUCGAAGGUUGUCUGGCCAACUUUACUGUCAACAAUGAAGUGCAACCAUUCAAUGGCUCCGGUACUAUCUUUAAAGAUGUGUUCUAUCAUGGCAAAGUGAGCACCGGAUGCAGAGGACCGAUUGGUAUCGGCGCGGCCACAGCCGCGGACCCUCUCAGUAUUGGCAUCACUCUGGUCAUCGUCUUCUUCGUUAUCCUGUUAAUUGCCAUUCUGGUGAGCUUCAUAGUGUUCCGAUUGCGUCGGCAGAAUAAGGAGAAGUCGGCAACGUCGGUCGUCAACAAGAACACCAACGCCAUCAUGACCGGAAAUCCUCUGGUCGGUCCCGGAAAUGACAAUCUCAUGUCCCGUCAUGAGAACACGUACAUCUCUGACACGUCUGACCUGCGCGGCGUCGGCCACAUGGGUCCCGAGCUAAUCUCGAAGAAGUAUAAGGAACGCGAGAUCAACGCUACCGCUGAGCACCGACCGCAACGACCAGACAUCAUCGAGCGGGAGGUCACCAAGUCGCCUCCCAUUCGCGACGAGCAUCCUCCUUUGCCGCCGCCAACCCAAACCUCCCUCCAUUCGCACGAACAUAACCCGGAACCCGAUAUCCCCGAACACUACGACUUGGAGAACGCCAGUUCCAUCGCGCCCAGCGAUAUCGAUAUUGUAUAUCAUUACAAGGGUUAUCGUGACGGUAUGAGGAAGUACAAGGCCACUCCUCCUCCUAUAGGUAAUUAUGGCAACCAUCACAAGCACACGGGACAACAACAUCGCCAUACCGGACCCUUUCCACCGCGAACUAUGCCACCACCUAACGUGAACCAGCCACCUGGUCCGGCACCCAAAUUGCUUCAAAGCACCCCUCUGGCAAGAUUAUCUCCCAGCAGUGAGCUGUCCGCGCAACAACCGCGGAUUCUCACGCUGCACGACAUCAGCGGGAAGCCGCUGCAGAGCGCGCUGCUGGCCACGACGUCCUCGUCUGGCGGUGUCGGCAAGGACGCGCUGAAUUCCAACAGCGAGAGGAGCUUAAACUCCCCCAUCAUGAGUCAACUGUCAGGCUCCACUGCGAGCAGAAAGGCGCCACAGUCCAACAAUGAGAACUCGGUGAAUAACGUAUCGUCAGGUCCGAUGGGUCUUACGGCGGAGGAGAUCGAACGGCUUAAUUCCCGUCCGAGAACGUCCAGCUUGGUCUCUACCCUGGACGCCGUGAGCUCCUCCAGCGAGGCCAGGGGUCCGCCCGCACACGGGCCCCUGCAUCACCAUCGACGUCACACACCCCCCGUGGAGAGGCUCGAGCGACGGAAUUCGUCAACCACCGACGAGAGCGGCAAUGACAGUUUUACGUGCUCGGAGAUCGAAUACGACAACGGAUCGUUGGUAGGUGACAAACGAUCCGACGACCUGUUCGCCAAGCAGGACGACGAGAGGAGCAGCCCGCAGGGGAGGAGCAACGUCGAGUCGUCGCAGUCGACGAAACCGCCGCUGCCGCCGAACGUCGGUAACUACGACGGCUUCGACAGUUCAUUUCGCGGAUCCCUCAGCACCCUCGUCGCCUCGGACGACGAUCUGUCGACUCACAUGGGCGGCCUACUCUAUGGCAAUCACACCAGCAACGGUUCGCCCACUGCCACCACCACUACCACCGCUGCCGCCGCCGCCGAGGACGCUCUCAGCUGGGACUACCUGCUCAACUGGGGGCCCAAUUUCGAGAGCCUCGUCGGCGUGUUCAUUGACAUCGCCGAGCUACCGGACAGCACCAGUCGAGUACCCAGAUUACCAGCGAAUAUUCCCAAACCCUCCGAGGAAUACGUGUGAAACUGAAUCCUCGGUUCAUGACAACGCCGGGACAAUUUAGUGAACAAUAGUAGUAGGUUUAGUGACCGUAAGAAUUAUUUUGGAGAAACUGCAGAGACUCGCCCUUAGGAGACGUGCGAGAUCCGCUUAGGAAUGUUAUCGAAUUUUGUUUUGCUGCCCGAAUUAUUUAGCUUGAUUAGUCGAACGUUUGUAAAUCGAUAAAUUAUAGCGAUAUGUCCAGUCUCGCGGGCUUGGACGAUCGAUUGAUCGUGGUGGUUUUGAAUCGCAAGAACACAUUUGAAAAAAGUGUCGCGGAAAGUCGUUGCAACGUUUAAGGAUUGCAGCGAGAGGGUACAACGCGUCGAACGCGUGAUCAUCUUGCCAUAAUAGUUCAUUGUGUAACAAGUGUGGAUAUUCUGCUUUUCUAGCACGAGAGAGAGAAAACCGAUCCGCACGUGUUGCACACCGUUUUUUAUUGCCAGUGCGUCAAAGUGUGGCCACUUUUGACAUACUGAUGCUAAUAAAAAAUAUAAAGAGAAACGACUCGUCCAUAUUUCUCCUAUCGCGUACAGGAGAGACUCGUUGUUUUCUAUAUCAUACUCCUUAUCUCGCAAUUUUUUUUUUUUUUUUGUAAAUAUCGAAUGACACGUCUAAUCAAAAUGCUCGCUCGCGCGCAGUGCGCAAUAUCUCUCGAUUAAACGAUCGGUCGAACUGCAAAAGUUCUCUUACGACAUAAUAUUACGUAUUAUAAAUCGAAGAGUUACGCAUAUAAAGUCAUUUAUAAUAUUAACAUUGACAUAAUCGAUGUUAAUAUUACGAGUAGUAUUAACAGUAUUGAAUGCCGAUACGUUAAAUUUGCACGUUUCGAAUGACCGCGCGGGAUAUUAAAAUUCGAAAUGUAACACGCGAGAUUACGAAUGCCAUUUUUUUAAUUAGGGCGAUUUAUCCGCACUGCUAGCGAGACGGUGAGAUGUGCGACUGAGCAUCGAGGCAGUCCAAUUAUUUGUUAACUAGCGACUUGUGUAUACAUAUAUCCUAAGCUGUCGUGCCAGAUACACUCGAUGCGAUCGCACAUAAUAAUUAUUGCUUGAAUGGCUAAAUAGCACAUAGACACUCACUUCAUAAUUUUUAAUAGUCUAAUCAAAGAACUCAAAAGAGACUAUGGAAGAGAUUUUUGGAAUAUUCAGCUGCAGCAUUUUUAAAAAUAAUUUAAUUUAUAGUACGAUAUUUAAUUAUAUUGUACUUUACGCAUGAAUUGGAUUUUUAUCUUUUGUACGCGAAAAUUUUCAACAGUGAAUGAAAAAUUAAGCUACGAUAAAAAUAUUAGUGAGUACAACUGUGAUUUAUGAUGGAAUUACAAUUUCAGUAAGAAAAAAUGCUGCUUUCCAAUUGACUUUGAAUUUUGAUGCUGCAACAUACAAAAUUGAUUCUUAGUAUCUUUUUUUUUCGUGGCGAUGAAAUCAUUAUAAAAAUCGUCAAAUCCAUCGUCUUAUAAAUCAGAAUUAAAUACAUCGAAAUUUUAGAUUGGUUAAAAUGUAAUACUGAUUGAAUUAUAAUAUAAGAUCUACAUUUAUAUCUUAUAUUAAUUAACUUUAUUUAAAAAAUUCCAAAAUAAUUCAAACAGCUAUUAUUUUAUUAAACUUUCUUUUUAUUUAAGUGACGUAUUGUCUAUGGCAUUCAGCCAUUCGAUCGAAAAAAACCAUGGCGUUUUGUAUAAAGGAAUGCUUGCCAAGAGAAGGGAGAGAGUUUGUCUUCCCACGUUAUAAACAACAGCCACUUCGCUUUGCUAUUGCCUGGCAGUGCGAAGAUAACGGAACGUCGCUGAUGAACGGGAUUAUCGUGCCGUCGUGAAACACUAUGCGGAUAGCGUGAUUCGCGGGCGUGUCAAAUUCGUGCUCAAUUCGCGUUUGUUAGAGGGACCUGUUUGUUAGAAGGGAAUAACGGAGCCGUCGUAAGCGUUCCUGAGAGCGGCCUGCCGCUUGUGGCAGACCGCAAGACUGAUUUUCUCCUCUCUCCAAACGACGUUUCGCGAUCGCGAGAAGCGAGAGCGAAGCUUCUCGGCGAUCGCCUUAAGCGCGUUUACGUUGUAAAUUACGAGAUAUCUGUCCUCGGCCUGAUUUCAUCCUGUAAAUAGAAUCACGCGUGUGAGCUGUACAAAAGUGCGAAUGCGUGCGCGAGUGCCAGAGAGAGUGCAUGCCAACUCUAUCAUCAUCGAUCGUAAAAUAAACGACAGAUUUGUAAAA